AGGAGGUGCGUUAUGUGGAGCAUGUCGUUGUGGAAGGAAACAGCCGUGUUGGAUUCGCUGCACUGAAAAGGUGUCAUUGGAUGUGACAGCUGCUCACGGGAAUCAAAGUCGUUAACAUAAAGUGUUGAUCUUUGGGUGUUUGUCUUCGAAAAGGCACGAUUACGAACAUUUCAACGUGCAGCUUUUUCUCCCGCAAGUGCGGCUUGCGGGGUACUGCGCAGGAACAACAUAUUACCGCUCACCACUUGUGCCAAUCACUGGAUUCACUUCGGGCGCGUGCUAACAAUGCGUUCCACGUCCGCGACCAAUUCCCUAGCUAACGGCAGAAUCACGCCACGCAUGCCUAGGCCACCGUCGAGAAUGCUGCCCGACUUGUCCAAGCUGCAACUGGCGUUUGCCGUGGUCACGGCCUUUGUGACCGGGAAUCAUCUGUGGGGAGUCGAUGAGGAACAGCCUGUCGCGCCACCGCCGGCCAUCCCAAACUGCCACGUCAUCAGCACGGGCCUCAACGCCGACGAGAAAGCCGCGCUGCUGAGGCAGCACAACGAGCUUCGCAGCAUGGUGGCGAAGGGACAGCUGAAGGGGCUCGAGCCUGCCGCCAACAUGCUAGCAUUGAGGUGGGACGACGACCUCGCCGAAUUGGCGCAAGCGCAGGCCAAACAGUGCAGCUUUUCACCGGAGGUGGAUGAGGAAGAGAAAACAAUCAAGCCUCCCUCAGUGGGCCAGAACGUGGGCUGGGAGGCAAGCUCGGAUCCAUUCUCGGAUCACCUGGACCUCCCGCACCUGAGCGCUUGGAUGGAUCAGCACACGGACGUCGAAGACGACGUCAUCAGCUCCUACCGCAAUACCGAACGUGGCAUCGGGCAGUUCACUCAGAUGAUCUGGGCGAAGACGCAGUACGUGGGCUGUGGCGUGGCUACCUACACCCGCAGCGACAAUGUCGGCCACUUUCCGUACCAACGAACGCUCGUGUGCAACUACGGUCCAGGAGGAAACGUCCUGGGACUGCCUGUGUACAAGGAAGGUGGCACAUGCAGCCGCUGUGCAGCUGGCACCACUUGCGAGAAGGCUACAGGACUGUGCGUGGUGGAUGAAACCGAGCACGAAGACCAUGGCCGCAAGGUUUGGAAACUUCGUGCGAGUGAAGUGAACUGGAGAGCCCUUGGCCUUGCCGUGGCGCUCAUUAUCUGGUUCUGCUUCUGAACUGCCACGCUCGCCACAACAACACGACGAUCCAUUCUAUCACUGUUCUGUGACCGUGCGUUCCUUACAAGUACCUGAUGAAACGUAAAUUCUGUGCACGUCACCACUAUUUUUGUAUUUUUAUCAAAUUAACACUGUAAGUUGACUUGCCACUGUAUCCGCAGCCCGAAGAACAAUUUUUGUCGAAAACAUUUUACAGGCGCCUGUUUCUUCUAAUAGAAAUGCACAGUGAGCUGUAUUUGACGCUGGUCACAAGAUGCUUAUUGUUGAAGACCUGGAAGGGUGGAUCUGACUUUUUUUUUUAACUAUAUUUAUGAAGAAUUUCUGGCAUGCCAUUUGUAACAAAUAGACACGCUGUCAAGACAAACUGGAAUGACAUGUUAGAGACAAAAAUAAAAUACGAUGUCGCAUCCUGCAACUAAGUGUGAAAUUUGUCUAUUAGGUAAUACUUGGGUGUUUGUUUUGAGCAAAGAAAUUAAUAGAGCGAUUCAGUUGCUUAUCAGAUGUGAGAGGCUGAUUUUUAUUGUAGAGAUGAUGAACAUGAAUUUUAGAUAAUAAGAAUUCGUGUGUGCUUGUGUGUACGUUCGUGCAAACCACAUGAGAAAUUAUUUAGCUCAAAAACGGGGAAGAAAUUCUCAUAAACAAGAACACAAAGUUGCAGGAUUAGCACACGCCCGGAGCUUGGCGUUUUUCUCCUCUUGCUUAGGAUUUAUUCAUUUAUUCUUUUGCAAUAAAAAAAAACUCUGACGUGAUCCAAAUCUCACUAGCCCAACACAAAGUUCAUUAAAAUGCAUACGAAUCUGCGUGCUAUAGUUUCACUGCCUGGAGUUGCAAUUUAAAAUAUAAGCGAAACGGCAAGGUU